AUGCCGCCUCUCCUGCUGCUGUUGGCCUUGAUCCUACCUCCCGGGGCGGACGCAGGGGAGAUCAUCGGGGGCCGGGAGGCCAGGCCGCACUCGCACCCCUACAUGGCCCUGCUCCUCAUCCAGCACGCGGGGGGCCUGAGUGCGUGCGGGGGGUUCCUGGUGCGGGAGGACUUCGUGAUGACCGCAGCUCACUGCUGGGGAAGUUCCAUCAACGUCACCCUGGGGGCCCACAACAUCCAGAGGCCGGAAAGGACCCAGCAGCACCUGGCCGUGCGCAGAGCCCUGCGCCACCCCGACUACGACCCGCAGGGCGUCCGCAACGACAUCAUGCUGCUGCAGCUGCGCGGCCGGGCCCUGCGCGGCGCGGCCGUGAGCCCCGUGGCUCUGCCUGGGCCCGGCCGGCGGCUGCGUCCCGGCACCGCGUGCACCGUGGCCGGCUGGGGCCAGGUGGGCCCGAACCGGAGGAGCAGCGUGCUCCGGGAGGUGACGCUGAGCGUGCAGCCGGACCGCGCGUGCCAGGGCCGCUUCCGCACCUACAGCGGCCGCACGCAGAUCUGCGUGGGGGACCCGGGGCAGGGCAAGAACGCCUUCAGGGGCGACUCGGGCGGCCCCCUGGUGUGCGACAGCGCGGCCCAGGGCAUCGUCUCCUACGGAAGGCAGAACGGGGCCCCCCCGGCCGUCUUCACCAGGAUCUCACACUACCUGCCCUGGGUCAAGAGAACAAUGAGACGCUUCACACCGCAGGGUUAGAGUGAGAUCCCCCCCCCGGC